ACACACAAAAGAGAUGAUUAAGAAACUAGAAUCUGCUGGGUUGGGGUAUCAUGUGUCGGCUGGUGAAACUGAAGAUAAAUUAGGUAUAAUGCUACUACAAUCAUGAAUAAAAACAUAUAUAGGUUGAGCAUUGAUGUUUUUAGUAUAUAAGCUUCAUGGGCAGUUGUAUGAAACCCUAACUCGUUCCCUCAUAUAAUGUUGUCUGCGCAAUGUUCUAAUUAAAAAAAAAAUGUUGAAAUGCUGGAUAAAGGUGAUGUUAUAUGGAAUCGUAAAUACGAAGACUAAAUCCUGUGCAGUGCGUGGAAGACUUUUCCUGUACAAUGCGUGGAAGACUUUUCCUGUACAAUGUGCUAAUUAAUUCUGAAAAUUUUUUACCAGAAUUAUUAGUUGCUUUAUAAAUUAUUCAAGCAAAACCUAUCGUAUGAACCUGCAUGCGAAUUAUUUAUUUUUGCAUGCAUUCUACAUUGUGUUCUUACCUAAUAUUUCGUCAUUCGUUAACCAUUUAUUCUAGCCAACUCUAAACUCUGUUUUUGGUAACAACAAAAAGGUGAAAUGCCAGGAAAAUUACUGGGUCUACUUGCAUAUAAAUCUCCUUUCUGACUUUUAAUGUACUAAUAAAAACCUUUCAAAUUACAGUGCCGUCAACCAUGCAAAUAUAAUUCUACUGUUAUACUUUUAUUUACAGGUUCAAUUCCACUUCGACAACUUGUGUAUCGUGUCCACCCUUUGCCCGAGAGUAUGAGACCUCUAGUGUGGGACUUUGGCCAACUUACAGAUCAUACAGAAGAACUUUAUACUGCGCAAAUGGUUCGAAGGUUCAUGGCACCAUCAACGCCAGGUGUAAGUAUUAUGACAACUGUAUGUGUGUGUGUGUAUAUAUAUAUAUAUAUAUAUAUGUAUAUAUAUAUAUAUAUAUAUAUAUAUAUAUAUAUAUAUAUAUAUAUAUAUAUAUAUAUAUAUAUAUAUAUAUAUAAUAAAAAUAAAAAAUGAAUAAAAUCAAUUAAAAUCUGUGAACUUUAUACUAACCCUAAACCUAAACAUAAACCUAAACCAAACGCCAAACCCUAAUUAUGCCAAUACAUUUGGUGACUGCAUGGAAUUGUAACCAAAAAAUCAUUCCAUGAAAAUAUAUGUAAAUUAAGUCCAUGUAAACAACUGUAUCAAACAACCUAUUUUUAAUAUUGUUUACUUCUUUUGAUUUGUUUAAAAUUGUAAAAUUUUUGUUCGUAUUUUUUAAAAGCUUGCUUCUGCCAUACCAGCCACAGGAACUUUUGAUGGAACUUUGCAGAAUGGUGCUCAAGCAUCUUGUAUCGCCAAAGUGUUAUCAGCUUCACAGAAAUAUAUGCGCAACCAAAAGGUAAAGAAUCUUUCUUGUGUACGAUUUAUUCGAUGAUUGGCUGCAUAUGACAUUAAAGGUGAUAAUAUGUGAAAUAAUUACAGUAAGGUCAUGGCUAUAUAGUGUUCAGCUGAUCACAUAUACGAGCUGGCAGAUCUAUGCGAGAUUUGGAGCUCCAAAUUUGGCGGAUAUGAAGCCAGCUCCACAUUUAUUGUAUUUGCACAUGCCGGUUUGUAUAUCAUUGAAUACAACCAGUUUAGCUGUUUCGCCAGACAUUUAUGCUUUAUAUAUCAAAUAUGGAUCGAUUGCAUGUAACGUCAUGGGCGACCACAUUGGUGGUACAUGUAUAUACAAAUAUUCUCAUUAUCUUUCAUUGAGUUUGGCACUAAGAUGGCCGUCGUUCUAUUGUCUCUUAAUUCCCAAGAGAUUGGUUGCAAUCCACCCAUAGGUGCAUGAGUUGCAACCAGUGUCCAGGACAAAGAGGUUUUCGCAUAGUUGGAUGGAAUUUGAUUUCUGAACAUGGAAAAUUCUUUGUCAAUUUUAUUCACAUGGUAAUAGUGAUGUAAUGUAAAAACCACAUAUUUUCAAAGAUUUAAUGGUCGAUGUAAACCCAAUCAUGAUCACGACUGAUAUUUUAUAUUAUUGAAACCAAAAUCAGAUCAAAUUCCUGAAAAUGAAUAUCCAACGGCCAUAGAAUUUCUUAUCAUAGUCAGAUCCUGUCCUAGGGUUAAAUCUUAAUUUUAGCCUGAGACAGUUGAAGUUAAGUAAUUCUUCCGGUCUAUUAUCAGUGAUUGCCUACUAUAUAUAAGGAUCUGGAUUUUCCAUGCAUUGAGCAUGCAACUGCAUUUAUGUAGAAACUGUAAACAAAUAAAGUGUACUGUUCAUUGCACUCUUACCCCAAUGGCCUUGUUUUGGUGUGACUAUUUCCUCUUUCGUGUACAUGAGGUUUUAGGAUAGGUUUCUGACUACUCUAGAUCAAAGAGAAAUAAAUUCGUACACGAAAUAUGGGGAUUUAUGUAAAACUUCAUGUGCAUGCACUUGUCAUGCUAAAACAGACAAACACGGAAAUGACGUCAGAGGCAAAAGUGCAAUAAACAGUAGACAAGUCUGUUGUGCAAGGAAUUUCUAACCAAUAGAAUUAACUGUAUUAUUUAACUGUAUUUCAGGCGAAAGCGAGUUUUUUCCCCUAAAAUAUCCUUAUAGGAAUCAAGAGUAUAGAAUCACAAAUUGACAAUUGCUUUCGAUGUAGAUUUUCAGUGUGGCCAACACCCAAGGAUUAGCUAUUAAUUUGUCAAACUUAAGUGUUUUUUGUCAAAGCAAGUUUUUCUAAAUUUUUACUUUUUAUCCCCCCCCCCCUCCACUCCCCCACAUUCUUUCAAUCCGUGAAAAUUAUAAACGACAAUGGUUAUUUCACAGUUAUCAAAAUCAAGUUUCAUCCUUUCUUUUUCCAGAAUAAAUGGAACUUUCCAGAAUGAAAAUUAUAAAUGAAUUAAAACACAAUUUCCAGCAAUCAAGUUUCAUACGUUGUUAAAUGAAAUUUUUGAAUAUUAAUUAAUCCUUUUUUUUCAAGAAUGAAUGUAGCUUUGUCAGCUUGCGUGAUGUUGAAAGAGCAAUGAAAGUUAUCGUAUGGUUUUAUUCCAACUCCGAAUUGAUCGACCAGGUUAUUGGAGAUGAAGAUAAUGUCAGAGAUGAAGAUAAUGACAGUUCUGAAGAAUCUAGUGAAGAAGAAAGUAGUGAAAAUGACAAGUUGAACAACGUUGUCCAAGUUGAACAAGUGAGUUUUGUCUCCCCGAACGUUUAUUAAUUAACCAGAAGGUGUCUAAGGAAAACAAUCUAGAAACCUUUUCGUUUUGAUUCGCGACAAAGUCUGGUAGAUGGUGUACAGUUUGUCUUACUUUUUACCUUUACCCUUUUUAGCCUUUGAGUCAAAUUGUUCGUGCUGUUAUCCUUGGCAUUGGUGUGUGUUAUUUUGCAAGGUUAAAUGAAAGACAAGUAUACUGUAAAUACAUUUGCAGAUAUUUUGAUCAUUCUUGUCCGUUACCUGGAGGUGCACCUAGGAUGCAAAAUGAAAUUAGAAG